UUUUCCAUUAUAUCCCUGCAAACUUAUGAAGUGGCAAACGCACCUACCAAUCCCUUCAUCCAACAACGGUAAGGACCUGAACAUGAGGAAGUUCCCAUUUUUGCGGCUUUUUGUUUGGGAAAUGAGAAAUACGUCUUCUCCGCGACUUAAUCAAACAUUCAACAAUCAUAGAUCCACACAAGUGAUGCAAGCAUGUUCCGAGAGAGAGUCAGGCGAGUGAUACUGCCCCCAGCUCAGGAGAAUAUCGAUAAGUUGGAGAAGGUUAUCAAAGAGGGAAAUUACUAUGGAGCUCAACAGAUGUAUAAGUCCACUAGUGCCAGAUAUGUGUCUGCUGAAAGAUACUCUGACGCCUUGAAUGUUCUUCAGUCUGGUGCUUGUUUGCAAUUAGACAAGGCCCAGAUUACCUGUGGGUCAGAGCUUUCUUUGCUGUUUGCUGAAACACUUGCAAAAGCAAAAGUUUCGUAUGACGAAGACACUCUAGAUCGUGUCAGGAAAAUUUACAAGAAGUUUCCUCGGCUUUCUGUGCCACAACAUUUGGACCUUGCAGAUGACGAUGACCUGCAAAAACUUUCUGAAGCCAUUGCCGCAGCCAAAACACGAGUAGAAGGCUGUUCUUCCUUUCUGAAAGCAGCUAUCAAGUGGUCAGCAGAAUUUGGUGCGCAUAGAUAUGGAUCUCCAGAGCUGCAUGACAUGCUGGCAGAUUAUAUGUAUUCAGAGUCUCCUGAAGUGGACAUUGGUAAAGUAUCUUUUCACUUUGUGAGAGGAAGGAAUCCGAAGAAAUUUGCAUCAGCUCUUGUAAAUUUCAUGGGCAAGUGCUAUCCAGGAGAGGACGAUCUGGCUAUUGUACGGGCUAUUUUGAUGUACUUGUCUCUGGGAAACCUAAGAGAUGCUAACAAGCUCAUGGAUGAAGUGAAAAUGGAAGUGGAAUUGAAGAAUCUUAACUUUCCUAGCUCAGAAUUAACCGAGUUUGUGAACUAUCUCCUCCUGACGUUGCAGAGGGAUGCUUUACCUCUGUUUAAUAUGUUGAGACAAACCUACAAGUCUAGUAUAGAUAGAGAAUCUACAUUUAAUGAAUUGCUAGAUGAAAUUGCAGAGAAGUUCUAUGGUGUUCGACGUAGAAAUCCUCUCGAGGGGAUUGGAGAUUUCUUCAAGAUGAUGGGAGGCGAAUAGGAUGCGACACAAAUCUCUUCAAAUUGUGCAUUCUACUCCUUUGCGUUCAGAAGGAAGACUCAACCUCAAUUAUGCGUUCUUCUGGUUGGCUUAGUAAUGGAGCAAGUUUAUUUUUCAAAUCAAUAUUCUAUUACCCUCGCGUCAUUGUGUUGUAUUACAAGUGGUUAUUUUGAUGAUGAGAAUAAAUGGGUUCAGAAUGUGAGAUAUUUUAAGAUGCAGUAUCUAAAAAGGGAUUUUUUCAUUCC